UAAAAAAUGAACGUCAGUCCGCUUAAAAUAUUUACCAAAUAAAUAUGAUACCAGAAUUAUGGCUAGUCGGCAAUAUCGUUACUGUAAGACUUACGAGGAUACAUCUAGAUAAAUACAAACAUUUAUUACAAUGGAAGAAAAGUGAGUCGAUCUUGGAAUUCGGAUGCGGAGAUGGACAAGUUUCGGAAAAACUUUUGCUGCCCGUUCUUCCAAAAGAUUACAAAGAGUACGUGGCGAUGGAUAAUUCCAAAGAAAUGCUUGACCACUACAAACAGCAUGUUAAUAUUCCUAGGUUACAAGCGGUGCAUCGGGACAUCUCUACCAAACCUUUAGAGACCUGCUGGCGAAGCAGAUUUGACCAUGUUUUUGGGUUGUUUGUGAUGCACAUGGUGCAAAAUCCCAGGUCAGCCAUCGAAAAUAUCCAAAGUAUGCUGAAACCAGGUGGACAAGCGUUUUUGACGUUUUUUGAGCGCAUGCCGGUACAUAAAACGUUCGAAGCGCUUGAAAAACAUCCAAAAUGGGGAAAAUAUGGCACGUUCUUAUCGAAUUAUAAUACCAAUUCAAAUCCAAAACUUGAGUACGAAAGUGAUCUUAAGGCAGCAGGUUUUAAGAAUUAUGUUAUUCACGCAGAAGAGCCGGUCGGAUGUACAUUCGACGAUGAAGAAUCAUAUAAAAAAUUAUACAUAUCUGUAAACAAAAUGCUGCCAAAAAUUCCAGACGAAGACAAAGAUGAGUAUAUCAAAGAUUAUUUGAAUGAAGUAGAAAGACAAGGUUAUCCUCUCGUGUUCAACGAGGAAAGUGGAAAAAGAAUACCAACAUUAUAUGUUAAAAUACAAGCUUUCAUCAACAUAAACAACAUGCUAAAGCCAGGCGGUCAAGCAUUUUUAUCAUUUUUCGAACGCGCGCCGGCAGAUCAUGCUUUCCACAAUCUGCUCCAGUAUCCAAAAUGGUCAAGGUAUGGACACAUGCUGUCUGCGCACUACUACAGCGAAAAUGUGGAAGAAUCGUAUAAAAAAGAUAUCGACGCUGCAGGAUUCAAAUCUUAUACAUUUGAUGUCGAAAAGGACUAUGCGAUUUGGCAUGAAAGUGUGGAAGAAAGACGAGCUGGAUAUGUCUCAGUCAAUAUCAUACUUCCAAGGAUACCUGAAGAACUGAGAGAUGAAUACCUGAGGGAUUAUAUUAAAGAAAUCGAAAGUGGAGGUCACAUAUUAUCGAUGGAAAGAGAUGGCAAACAAAAGACAUACACAAAAGCGAAUUUAUUUAUUACUGUAAUGGACAAAUACGAAUAAAUAUUUAAUUUAUAUUAA